GUGGAUUAACCCUCUGUAAACUAGUUAAAAGGUCUAUCGAGAGAGAGGCUGGGCAGAAUUGAUGUGGCAACCCACCCGGGCAGUCAGAACCACUUGCUGCUGUGACUUGUGAUAUGAAUUAUCCGGCCGAUACUUGUAAUAAAACACCAGUGUUUGACAUCAAAGCUCCAACUCUCCUCGUGUCUCUCUGAGUCCUGACUCUCCAUUGCUGCAGAAGUUUCCCUUACACAUAUGAGUUGUUUUCCCCCCUGUAGUUUUAAAGAGCGCUUUCCUCUCCCUCUCUCUCACAGCGACUGACAAAGUGGCGCUGCUGAUUGGCAAUCUGUCUUACCAGAACCACCCGCAGCUCAAAGCCCCCAUGGUGGACGUGUACGACCUCACCAACCUCCUGCGGCAGCUCAACUUCCAGGUGGUUUCACUGCUGGACCUCACAGAGACGGAGAUGAGGAACGCUGUGGACGAGUUCCUGUUGCUGCUCCACAAGGGGGUCUACGGUCUACUGUACUACGCUGGUCACGGGUAUGAGAACUACGGGAACAGUUUCAUGGUUCCGGUAGACGCCCCUAACCCGUACCGCUCAGCCAACUGUCUGUGUGUGCAGAGCAUCCUCAAACUGAUGCAGGAGAAGGAGACGGGCCUCAAUGUUUUCCUGCUGGACAUGUGCAGGAAGAGAAAUUACCAUGAUGACAGCGCUCCAAACAUCAUCCUGAGGGUUACGGCCAACAUUGUCUUUGGAUAUGCCACGUGCCAGGAUGCAGAGGCCUUCGAGCUGAGCUCCAGCGGCUUCACCAACGGCGUGUUCGUCAAGUUUUUGAAGAAGCGGCUGCUGGACAAUGAGAAGAUCACCGUGGUGCUGGACAGAGUGGCUGAGGGUGAGAGAGACCAGAAACACCACACAUAA